AUGGACUUUGAAUACGUUGCUUGCUUUCAGGAAAAUCAAGAAAAUUUUACCGGAUAUUUGGUCCAAUAUUUGGAAUUUGAAGGUUCUUUUGUUCCUCUUAUGACCCGCGAAGCUCAAGAACUCGUUUGCGAGCGUGCAUCUUACGAUAAUUACACCCAUCCUGAUGAGAUUCCUUUUAACCGAACAGCUUUACUAACAACAACGCACGGUGUUGCUGGAAAAAUUCCCCUUACGGAAGACUCGGUUCCUGAAAUAUCUUUGACAACCAUCGGUGGCAGCAAACUAGGAGAUAAAAUGGUACUAAAAGGAGUCACAAGUUUCGGCACACCUGGCGUUAUUCUCGUCAAUUGUACUCUUCGCAUGGAGAACAAAACUUUCCAAAUCAUCGAUAACAACUUGGCCCAACCCCGCGAACCGCUCUCGGCUGUUGCUGCGAGUUUACUUCAGCCUAUGGUGGCGGCAGAACCUGUAUUGCGACAGGAGAACUUUACAACGGAAGGGACAUUUAUGACUGCGACGACGGAAAAUCAAUGUUUUAUUGGAGCUGGACUCAUCCAGCGUGGUACCUGGGCACUGGCUUCGAACUAG